AUGUGGCCUGUGCUUUGGACUGUGGUGAGUACCUAUGCUCCCUAUGUCACCUUUCCCGUGGCCUUCGUGGUUGGGGCUCUGGGCUACCACCUGGAAUGGUUCAUCCGGGGGAAGGAUCCCCAGCCUGUGGAGGAGAAGAGCAUCUCGGAGCGCCGGGAGGACCGCAAGCUGGAUGAGCUGCUAGGCAAGGACCACACCCAGGUCGUGAGGCUUAAGGACAAGCUGGAACUUGCCCCUAAAGCUGUCCUGAACAGAAACCGCCCGGAGAAGAAUUAAUGGAGGACACAGGGCCCUAUGGGUCCUUCUGGGGGCCAAGACUGGUCCUGCCACCAUGUCGACCCAGCAACCAGA